CGCGAAAUGCACGGCUGCGUCGCUUGAGCCGUGAAGCGUGAUCACCUCCCUCCCACCUUCGCCGAAUUGCAGAUUUGCAGUCGCGGUCCGCGUGGCGGAGAGGAGAGAGCCCAGCAACAGCAAGAGAACACGCGUCCCGGCUCCCGCUUCCCUUCCGGCUCCGGCGAGAUCGAGGGCGGCGGCGGCGGCGGCGGCCGGGGGUGGAGGCGAUGGGGCUGUGCUCGUGCUGCUGCCGGUGCCUGGAGAUCCUGUGCGCCAUCCUCCUCCCUCCGCUCGGCGUCUGCCUCCGCCAUGGCUGCUGCACCAUGGAGUUCUGGAUCAGCGUGCUGCUCACCCUCCUCGGCUACCUCCCCGGCGUCCUCUACGCCGUCUACGUCAUCGUCUCCGUCGACCCCGACCGCGACCGCGACCGCCGCCGCCGCGUUGACCCCGACGACUACAUCUACGUCGCCUGACGGCGAGGCACCACCUCCCCAUCCUUCAGACAAGCAGUACUAUAUAUAUACUAGGUAAUUUAAUUAGCUCCUGGAUGCGUCCCUGUUCCUGCCUGCUGCCCCUUCAUCUGUAAAAUUUUACUUCAUCUGCAACCUCGACGAGUUAAAUUGGGUCGAAAUUUGUCGCCGGAGCUCAUCUGUGUUACUGAUUCAGUGUGAUUUCCGCAUCAAUUGACCUCAAUUUGUGUUGGUUCUUCCGUUGCUAAAUUUGGGGAUUUGCCAUGCUAUCUGAUGCCCUAAAAGUUUAGAUAAGAACAUAACGGUGAAUUC